GGUUAUUUUCUUUAUUGUCUUUGCCUAUAGACAAGAAUUAAAUUUUGCAAAAUAGCAACAUCGAGUUUGUGUGCGACAUGACAGGCAAGCGCGUUUUGGUUCUAAGAGCGCAUAAAAUUGUGAUGUAAAAAAGGGAAAACUCUUGUUAGUCAGUCAUCAUGGCAAACCCUAGGAAAUUUAGUGAAAAAAUCGCCCUUCACAAUCAAAAGCAGGCCGAAGAGACGGCCGCUUUUGAAAAGAUUAUGCGUGAAGUUUCAGACGCAACCAAUAAGCCUGAAGAAGUAACGCUAGCAACACAAUAUGGCAUGGGCGGAGGCCGCAGCGGAGGCGCGUCGCCGUCGCGCUCGCCCACGCAGCGAGGCCGCGCCUCCAGCUCCGUGGGGCCCAUGCGACGUCCCGCCGACCGCCGCCACGACACCAGCCCCUACGGCAGCACGGUGUAUCUAAGUCCACCGCCAGACAGUAGCUGGCGUCGCACCAACUCCGACUCGGCGCUGCACCAGUCUUGCGGCGGCGACGCGCCGGCGGCCUCGCAGCCGCUCUCGCCGCACCACCCUCUGCACUCCCAUGCACACCCCCACACGCAGCAGAACCACCGGAGAGCCAACGACAUUCACCUGGAUGUAUUGGGCGCGCUAGGUAUGAACCCCGCCAACCGCCCGCGGUCCUCCUGUGAAAUACCCAGAAUACCUAACAAUACCAACGUGUACUCGAGUGGUGACGGCGGGGGAGGGGGCGGCGGGCUGGCGUGCGGCGAGCUGCAGGUGCCGGGCGGCUCGCUGCCAGACCUCACCUCCGUGCACUACCCCUACCUGCCCACGCGUGAGCAAGACUACCAGAACAGAUAUAGCCCCACGUCGCCAGGCGCGGUGUCGCCGGCGGCGGGCAGCGGCUCGCCCGCGACGGGGGGCCUGUCGCCCGCCUCCGGCUCGCCCGUCGGCGCCACCGUGCCGCUCGCCUCCAUGCACCACCCGCACGACCACACGCAGCUCUACGAGCAGAAUCACUUAUCUGUACCAAACACAAAUAAUUAUCUCCAUCAUAAUAAGAACCAGAUGUCACCGCUAGACCACAACUGGAUACCGUCGAGUUGUUACCAAGCGCAGUGUAGUCCGCCUUCGCAAUAUUCCUCCACUUCGAAUAUCAAUAUACCUUCACCGACGAUGGUGCACAGUCCGGGCAGCCCAGCGGAGUCUCCACAGACGGACUACAGUUUGCACUCGACGUUACUACAGCCCUUCGAGCAAAUCACCAUGCUGGACUCGCCGGUGUCGAGUUACAACGCGACGUAUAUCAACCACAGUUCACCGCAGACAACGAAUUCACAACACACGUACCCACAGUCGCCUGGCAACUGCGGCGCGGCGGGGUCGGGCAGCUCCGGGUCCGGGUCGGGCGUGGGCGUGACGCGGCACGCGCGCGACCCCGUGCCGGGCGGCGGCGGCUUCCUGCCCCUCGCCUCCCCCGCGCCGCCCGCCACGCCGCCCAGCAUACCCGACAUCAUCCUCACAGACCAUUCGUUCGCAGACUACUCGGAGGAGGCGGCGCUGCGCGCGGAGCUGGACCUGGACGACCUGACGCUGCUCGACCAGCCCGGCUCGCUGCUGCCAGACUCCGCCGUCGAGCACGAGCUCUUCGACCGCUUGUAGUACCCGAGGGAUACCAAACCAUACGCCUGCGAUACAUGCAGGCGCAGGCCGUGUUCGUGAGACUCCCUAAACUUCAUGACAAUUUCUAUCGUUUCAAGUCUGAGUUAGUGAACGUAGUCGGUGUAGCGUAGUGCGAGGGACGCGUGUAGGAGGCACAUUCCCGGGCUGCCGUCUGAGUGUGUGUUUAUUGUGUUUUUAAAUGUUUUACUCAACUUUCAUAUUCGAGGGGUUAGGUAUAAUAUAGGAUGUAGAUUUUUUUAUUAAAAUCGAUUACUUUAUCGAUGAUUCUUGUACAGCAUGGAGUAAUUAUAUUUUAAGUAAGUAUUGUGAAUAUUUACUCGAAUAUCAUUAGGGAAUUUGAUUCGGAUAUAAAGGAGAUAUUUUCGUUUGUAUAGAGACCUCUUUGGUCGUCUCCGUAUACAUAAAUUUGAAAGUGUUCACUUUAUUAAAAUUGCAUUUAAAUCGCUAAUGUUGCAUGCUAGUGUAUCAGCGAAUGGCCAAGAAUAGUUAAAACAAUACUUCUAUAAUUUUUAAUAAGAAACUUAAAUCUCUUUUGAUCUUG